UUAAGUCCAGCUCCGGCGAGGUACGCCUCGUUCUGGCCCACAGGGACAUGCUCUUCUCCGCCCACAAGGACCUCAAGAUCCGGGUUUGGAACUUCUCCGAUCCCGAUGACUUCCGGUCCAAAAGGGUCUUGACUAUGCCCAAGAGAACCUCACUAUCACUCUUUUGGUCGCCCAGGGCAAGUUCAAGCUCCAAGUCUCCUACCAACCACAAGGAAUGCGUUUCUUGCAUGGCUUAUUGUCAUCCACUAGGGCUCUUGUACACCGGAUCGCAUGACAAGACGGUCAAAGUUUGGAGAGUCUCCACAAGUCAAUGCGUUGACUCAUUUGUUGCCCACGAUGACAGAGUCAACUCCAUAGUAGUAAACCAACAUGAUGGGUGUGUGUUCACUUGCUCAAGCGAUGGAUCAAUCAAGCUAUGGAGGAUAGUUUAUGGGGAGUCUCACACCCUCACAAUGACCCUCAGAUCCAACCCGUCUCCGAUCAAUGCCCUAGCCCUGAGCCUACACCGAUCCCUCGAUGAUGACAACAACAAGAACCGAGAUUAUUGUUGUUUCCUCUACUCGGGCUCCUCCGAUGGCACUAUAAACUUCUGGGAGAAGGAGAAGGUGUCGUGUAGGUUCGGCCAUGGAGGGUUCUUGCAGGGCCAUAGCUACGGUGUCCUCUGCCUAGUGUCUGUCCACAAGCUCAUCUUCAGCGGGUCGGAGGACACCACAAUUAGAGUUUGGAGGAGACAGGAGGGCAGCUGCUUCCACGAGUGCCUCGUGGUCCUGGAUGGGCACCGGGGACCUGUGAGGUGCCUGUGGGCCUGCUUGGAGAUAGACAGGGCUGUGGUGAAGGGGUUCUUGGUGUAUAGUGCAAGCUUGGACCAGACAUUGAAGGUUUGGAGGGUGAGAGUUUUGCCUGACACUGUUGAUGAUCAUCAUGUGUGGUUGGACAUAUAAUCAGUAUGAUGGUAAUAGAAGGCAUCGAGCAAUAAUAGGGACAGGGAUCAAUGAUUGAUCAGUUGAAGGAUGCGAACCAACGGUACUAAAAAUGAGAGACGGAGGGUACGGCCUUGCAGGUAGGAUAGAUCUCUUCCUCAUCACAUCUUGAGUUUCUCUAUGUUUCGUUUAUGAUUAGAUACCGACUCCUCGUAACAGUUGAUUGUGUUCUGUUUGAAUCUGGACCCAUAUGGGACUAGGAAUUACGAUUACUUACCACAUUUUUCUAACAGCACCCUUAUACUUGGGAUCUAGACAUACAUAUAUAUAUGGUUGCAUUUGCGCUCUAACGUGAUAGAAUCCACAAUGGUAUAUAUGCAGCUUCACAUAUAUAUAAUGAUACAUUGAUAUUAAUUAAUGUUUCUUAGGUUCAAGUUUGAAUCCUUAUGAUCCUGUAGAACGAUUAAGGUAUUCCUCA